CAGUAAGGGGCCGGAUGAGGAGCCGUUUUGCAGAGGUGUGGAGUGUGUGGAUGCCACAGUGAUCCACUAGACUGACGUCUCUCUGGUAGCGCAGAGGAAGACCGCAGCACGGUUAUUUUACAGACUUCAGUACAGGGAAGCAGUCGACUGUCUCUCCCGCAGAGAUACAGAGAGGGGAAAUAGAACUUCAUCAACGACAAGCUGUAGUUUUGCAGCAUGUUCCACCGUCGGCAAUCUCCGUUUCAACAUACUCGUCCAGCAACUGUUUGAUUUUGCUGGUGUCUUGGCAAUUCUUUUCAUUUUUGUGUUUGGAAACAUUCGCCCUUUUCCCCUUUUUCGGCUGAUGUAAAAAUAAAACACCUCUACAUUGGAAUGAUGUGGACCUCUCAUGAUACUGUUGGAUUUGUUUUCUUAGCCGGGGUUUGUGUGCAAAUCGGAUUCUCCUUUGAAGGUCGCUUCACGGAUCUGCCCUCCAACAUGACGGUUAAGGAGGGACAAAACAUAGAAAUGGCGUGUGCUUUCCAGAGCGGUACUGCGUCCGUGUAUUUGGAGAUCCAGUGGUGGUUCGUGAAAGAGCCGGAACCCACUGAAAGCGAGGAGGCGGUCGAUGCUGAAGAGAACAUAAGCAGAUUGCUGUGGAGGCAAUGGGUCAUCACUCUAUAUGGCAUUUUGGCUGCAGUACAAAAUAAGGCAACAUUGGGUACACUUGUCCCCGAAAAAAUGGAGAUGAUACCAGAGCCUGAUCCUGAUGAUGAGGGGACAAAAAUAAGUACAGUGAAAGUCCAGGGCAACGACAUCUCACACAAGCUGCAGAUCUCAAGAGUUGGCAAGAGUGACGAAGGACUAUAUGAGUGCCGGGUGACACGAGCUAACUACGGAGAGAUUGUGGAGUACAAAGCUCAAGCCUGGUUGAAGGUUAAUGCCACUGCCAGGCCUCGACGACCACUGCUGCCUCCCAAGAAAAGCUCCCCGCUGCACCUGACGGACAAGAAGCCAAGGAAGUCCAACUCACCUCUGGGCCAGGACAGCAUGAGUUCAGACCAGAGAGUGGCCUCCACCUCCACAUCCCACACAUCCUCCAAUACAGCUAAACACAACCCCAGCUCAGGUACAAGAAUAUCAUCCACCUAUGGGCUGGCUGUCCUCCUGGCGUGUGGUUUGGUGAGGGAUGCGUUGUUAUAAUUUCAAGAACUGACAUGGUUUUCACCCUGAUCUGCUCUCUCUCUGUUUGCUCUCAAAGUGAACAAGAAAAUUGUAUGUUCUAUCCCUGCCCCCGCCCUCCCACACACACACACACACACACACACAUACACAUCCCAUGCACACAGCACAGCUGGCCCUCAUUUCCCUGCCACUACUGCUCUUGCACCCAACACAUUGUUAUUAGCCACUGCAAACACCAGUCACUUUAAACCGGUUGGAUUAUGUUUUGUACAGAAGUCAACUCAACACCAUCCGAGAUGCAACGCUCAGUGUGAAAACGGACUCUGUAUCUUGUUGGAACUCUCAUGGACUUUCUUAUGGUUUCACUGUUCCAGUUUAUGUGUUUAUUGCUCAAAAGUGAACAAGAAAAAGGAGUAUCUAUAUUUGUGUAAUACAUAUGAUUCUAGAUAUCUCUGUUUUAUUUGAAACACCUAGAAUUAAUGUAUGUGCUGUAUACAUAGCUGAAACUCACCAUAUUCACAAAACUGCAUCGUAAAGGCAUUUUGGCCCUCUCAAAGAAACUAUAGAAAAGAAAAGAGAUUAAAGUACAAGAUAAUUUAGAACAUUAACCAUAAGGUUAAAAGGGGUUAAGAUUCUCAUUUUUCCAAAGCUCUACUGGCCAUCUAAAUGAUCUAAUGUGCAUACAUUUACAUCUUGUUAGUGUCACACACAGGUAUGCGUAUUGGUCUAAUUGGCUUAAAAGAGGGGGACAUAAAUUAUUUGAGCUACAUAAGUCAACGCCCUGGAGUUCAGUGUUCGUUGAACAGUACAGAACACUGAAUUUAGCUUUAUUUUAAUGUGCUAACUUGGAUGUG